AUAUAUAAUUAACAAAUACACACGAAAUAAUAAAUAAAUUAAUUUAAAAAAAAAAAUUAAAACUAUUUACAUACACCUGAUUAUUUUGUUGUUAAAAAUGUUGAAGAUUUAAUUUUAAUAUUUUUAUUUAUCAUUGAAAAUGAAUGAUAAUAAUAAAAGAAUAAAUAAACAAAUAAAUUUGAUAAAUUAACAAGAAAAAUAACAGAAUAAUCAAAUCAAAUUUAGUAAAAGAAGUGUUGUUGUUUUUUGGUUAUAAAUUUGUAUAUAUUAAUUUAUAAACAAAAAAAUGGAUGUUGUGAUAAAAGACAUAAGACCUGGACAAAAAAAUUUAAAUGUUGUAUUUAUAAUUCUUGAAGUUGGUCAUCCAACAAUAACAAAAGAAAGUAGAGAAGUAAGAACAUUAAAAGUUGCUGACCAUACAGCAUGUAUGAAUGUAUCAAUUUGGGAUGAACCAGGACAAUUAUUAGUACCAGGUGAUAUUGUUAGAUUAACAAAAGGUUAUGCAUCAAUGUGGCGUCAAUGUUUAACUUUAUAUUCUGGUAAAAGUGGUGAUAUACAAAAAAUUGGUGAAUUUUGUAUGGUUAUUAAUGAACAAUUAAAUAUGAGUGAACCAAAUCCAGCACUUGCUGGACAGUUACUAAAUCAAACUGGUACUGGUUCACCUGGUAGUAAUAUCAACAAUACAAUAACAAAUAAUGGUAAUGCAAAUAAUAUACCACCAUCACCAAGACAACCAUUGACAAACAAUGCAUCUGCUCCAGGAUCACCAGCAUCAGUUGCAUCAACAGUUGCAUCAAGUUCAACAAAAAGUGGUGGUAAUAGCAGUAAUGUAACUGGUGCUAAUACUGGUCCUAAAACAACACCAACUCCAUCACCAACAACACCACCAACAACUGGAAAAACUGGUACACGAGGAAGAGGUGGUUAUCGUAAUGGUGGUCGUAAUGAACGUAGAUAACAUUAAUAAUUAAUUAAUUCCAUUGUAAAUGACAUUUCAUUUGAUGAAAAUUUAAUUGACACAAAAAUGUAACAUACUUUCUUUAUUCAAAUUUAAUUUUAAUUGUAUAUUUUUAAUGUACAUUAUACGUUCUUUAUGCUAAUUUUUUUUUUAUCUUUAUUUUUUUAAUAUUUACUGUUGAAUUACUUGUCGAGGGUAACACAAGUGAUAAUAUUGAUUUACUCUUGUUACACAAAUGGUGAGCUCUUGAAAAAUUAUCAAAUAUGUUCAGAUAUUAUUUCAUUUUGUAAUAUUACAUUUAUUAAAAUUAACUUGUGAUUUAUUUUUUUUUAUUAUUUCAAUAAUAUAUACACCACAGUGCCGGUUAAUAUGUUACCGAGAAAAUUUAA